AUGGAUGAUGAGGAGGAUGAACAGCUUCCUCGCUGCUGUGAAACGCCGCUAAGAAACAAGCGCUCCGAGAAGAGAGACGCCCACGGUGGAGACGUGGGACAAACAGCUCACAGACACGCAUCCACACAGACUGCUGGCUCUGUCCUCAAUUCAGCGAGAGACGCAGAUAUGGCACCAUUCCAGGGCUCACAGAGAGAAGCAUCAUCUCUUUGCAGAGUUGUGGGUGCUAGGACUGCAUUCAGGGCUCCCUGUGGAACUGGGGGCCUUGUGUCACUUACUAUGGGCCCCGGAGCCCGGGGUGGGCCAAGAGCACUUUUUCAUGGAAACGCUGGAUUUCGUGCACACUUCCCUGCGCUGUUCGAACCCGCCCUGGAUGGCUUACAAAACGCCGAACAGAGAGAGCAGGACGAAGGCAGACCAGAAGAAAAAGAAGAGGAUCGCGACGCAGGGAUUAGCGUGGAGGUCCAGAUUGGACGUAAAUUACGUGAAAUGGGGGAUCAGUUUCAGCAAGAGCAUCUUCAGCUGGUAAGAGUCAUUCACAUCAGACUGAUUCUUUUCUUCAAGGCCGCUGGGUUUCAGAUGUGUGUGGUCAGAAACUGGUGGUUUCAGUCACGAUGCAAAAUGACAUCACUGUCUGCUAUUUCAGUGCUGAAUAUGCAAAUUCCCAAGAGGGAGCAAUGACAUCAUUGUUGA